UUAUUCAUCAUAGAAACCACAGCACAGACACGAAGACAGAGACUGGGCACAAGACUGUGACACUGUUGUCUUCAUAGAAUUACAUCAUGUCAAAAUACAAACUGAUUUAUUUUAAUAUAAGGGGGAGAGCAGAAAUUAUUCGUUAUAUAUUUGCUUAUUUGGACAUAAAGUAUGAAGAUCACAGAAUAGAACAAGCUGACUGGCCCAAAAUCAAACCAACUCUUCCAUUUGGCAAAAUCCCUGUUUUGGAGGUGGGAGGACUGAUGCUUCAUCAGAGUCUUGCAAUAGCAAGAUACUUGACCAAAAACACAGAUCUGGCUGGGAAGACAGAAUUGGAGCAAUGCCAAGCAGAUGCUGUCGUAGACACACUGGACGAUUUCAUGUCGCUUUUUCCGUGGGCAGAGAAAAAUCAGGAUGUAAAAGAACGGACCUUCAAGGACUUGCUCACAUGUCAUGCGCCUCCUCUUCUGAAAGAUUUGGACACAUACUUAGGGGACAGAGAGUGGUUUAUUGGUGAUUAUGUAACUUGGGCAGACUUCUACUGGGAUAUCUGCAGCACCACGCUGUUGGUCUUAAAGCCUGACUUGUUGGACAUCCACCCCAGGCUGGCAUCAUUGAGGAAGAAAGUCCAAGCUAUCCCUGCCAUUGCUGCCUGGGUACAAAAGAGGCCCCAGACCAAGUUCUGACACAGGCCCCAGCACCAGAUGAGAGCGACAACAGCCUGCCAGACAAUCCACACUUCUUACUACCAACUGGACUCUUUGUUGUAGUCUGCUUGCUAUGAUUGUUUUGUUUUUGUUCCUGUAGGCAUUCAGCUUACAGUAUUUUACUCUUUUCAGAACUUUGUACUUUUUAUAAUUGGAAAUAGUUCAUAAUACAUAUUCCUUUGCAUUGAUUUCAACAUGCAUGGAUG